AUGAACUACAACGUAGCACCCGGUGCAGGGCAGCCGUCCGCCGCCCCUGCCACCUCUUCCGCUAUCGCCCCGCACCCCGAGGGUUCAACUGCUGCAUCGACCCCUUCGACAGUGCAGCAUCUCGCCGUGCGCCUCCCGUCCUUCUGGCCGCAAAACCCGCAAGUCUGGUUCUUGCAAGUGGAGUGCCAGUUCGCGCUGGCUGGCAUUACCAACCAAACUACGAAGUACCGCCACGUCGUGAGCGUCCUACCUCAGGAUGUCGCCGCCCAGCUGGUCGACCUGCUUGCCACUCCCCCCACGCAGAACCCUUAUGACACGCUGCGAACUGCUAUUCUCGACCGGACCACAGCCUCCGAACGGCAAAGAUUGCAACAGCUUUUGACAACCGAAGAGCUGGGCGACCGCCGGCCCAGCCAGCUUCUUCGCCACAUGCAGUCGCUCCUUGGAGACAGGGCUCCAUCUUUCGACCCUUCCCUUUUGAAGGAGCUAUUCCUCCAACGACUUCUUGCCAAUGUGCAGAUGAUACUAGCUACAGCUACCAGCCUGGCUCUUCCAGACUUGGCUGCUCAUGCGGACAAAAUCAUGGAGGUUUCUUCCCCACACAUCGCCGCCAUCCCCGCUGCAGUUGGCGUGCAGCCAGCCCAUACCCACUCCGUGCCGGUCCUUUCCGGCGGCGAUUCCCUUGCCAACUUGAGGGAAGAUUUCAAUCGCCUAUCGGCCAUGGUCGUAUCUGCCCUACAACAACCACGGGUACCAUCGCCGUUUCGGCGCAGAGGCCCGCCACUGCAUUCUGCCUUGUACCUGGGAGGGAAACUCUUCCGGAGGCCGCUAACGGCUGCGGCCGUCUCCGUCCCGUUCAGCAGCCGAUUAUACUUCGUCGUCGAUCAGACCUCUCGUACCCGCUUCCUGGUCGACACGGGGGCCGAGGUUAGCGUGCUUCCAGCCUCCGCGGCAGAUAAGCGACGCAAGCCCAUUUUUCACCUCACGGCUGUGAAUAACACGGGAAUCCCUGUCUUCCGACAGCAGUCCGCCACUCUCAAUUUAGGACUGCGCCGAAGUUUCGCUUGGUUAUUCCAAGUCGCCGCCGUCGACCACGCGAUAUUGGGCGCUGAUUUUCUUCAGCAUUUUCGCCUAACAGUGGACAUGGCACGGAAGCGACUGGUGGACACAUCAACAAGCUUGUCGGUGCGCGCCUUUGAUGCCCAGAAGACACCCAUCAGCACUGCCACGGUGAUCGGUGCCUUAUCCUCUCCCUUCGCUGCGCUGCUGAAGGAUUUUCCUUCAUUGACUCAAGCGCCGGAUUGGUCGAAGCCCGUGGCCCACGACGUAGUCCACCACAUCCACACCUCCGGCGCCCCCAUCUUCGCCCGCCCACGUCGUCUGGCGCCAGAAAAAUUGAAGAUCGCACGUGCCGAAUUCGACCAUAUGCUUGCAAUGGGUGUCGCUCGGCCGUCUUCAAGCAGUUGGUCUUCGGCACUGCAUAUGGUGCCUAAGAAAACCGGUGACUGGCGCCCUUGCGGCGAUUACCGUGCUUUGAAUUUAGUCACCAUUCCCGACCGCUACCCUCUGCCUCGCCUUCAGGACUUUACCGUGAACUUGCAAGGCGCCACCAUCUUUAGCAAGAUCGAUCUCAUGAAGGCGUACCAUCAAAUUCCGGUAGCCCCCGACGACGUCAAGAAAACCGCCAUCACCACCCCGUUUGGACUGUUUGAGUUCCCGCGCAUGCCUUUUGGCCUGCGCAAUGCGGCCAUACCAUGCUGCCAACCAUACCUGCCGCUGCGGUUGAACGCGCAGUAUCGUACGGAACUGAAUGCCCGCCGAGAAAUCUCGCUUUGA